AGUUAUGAAUUAUGAAGCCAAUGUGAAACACACCAGACAUAAUAUACAUUUCACAGAUAGACAGCAUGUGUAACAUAGCAUGUGAUACCAUGAGCACAUGUUUUUGAAUCCCCCGACUUGAGCUGACGGGAAAACAUAACGACCAUAUAGAACGUCCAUAUUAUUGUCAGAUUUGACUUACAUCUUAUAGAAAUUGCAUGGGAAGUUUGUGCGCUGUGCCUUUUUUCUUCAUUCGCUGGUGUGAACGUGUUUGUCUCUGCACAAGAGUGAGCUGUCUGUCAGAAUAUACAGCGGGGGGGGAAGUGCUGGUAUGACAACUGCCAAAUACCUGAGAUAUUUCCUCUACCAGCGAACAGGCCGAGACACACAGAGAGAAGGAGAAAGAGAGAGAGAGAGCGGGAGAGAGAGAGUUAAAGAAAAGGACAAAUAGGACAGACUGCUAAUUCAAAAGAACGAGAAACAGAAGAGAGGUUUGCAACGAAGCAACAACAAAAACACAAGACGCCACGUGGAAGCUACCAACAAAAAGAAAUCACUGCUCACAGGCCUGAAGAAUAAACAAACGGUUAGCUCCAAGCUGUCAUCACUGGUUACUGGGUGGAGUACUGUUAUUACAUCUCUUGGAGACAGCACACAAAGAAAGAAAGGAGAGAAAAAAAGAAAAGAAAGUGAAGGCACGGAGAGAGAGAGAGAGAGAGAGAGAAGGGUAAAUAUAACACAGAAACUUCAGAGAGAGAGCGAGGAAAUAGAUAUUUAAAGCCCGGAGAGAAGAAAGACGGGGACAGAAACUAAAAAGCGAGCUCUGAUUUGUCAUGUCAGAGAGACCCCUCUCAGUGACCAGAGAUGAACGGAGCAGAUCUUCUCCCAGUGGUCCAGGCGGGGGACGGGAGGACACUGACCAGAGCAGAGUUUCUCACCCUGCUGAACACUUACAACGGCUUCCUGAAGGACCACACUCAACUGCACCUCAGUUACUCUCAGGGUGGCGAUGUCGAGGUGGUGGUGGAGGGCUUCCUGAACAUCUCCUGGGGAGUGCGCAGACCCAUCAGGCUGAGAAUACAGGACGACAGACAGAUGCUCCCCUUCGCCCCUCUGGCCUCACCGGGCCCCAUCAGUCCAGUGAGCCCCAUCGGGGACAAGAGGGGCAUGUCACGGUGGGGGGAAUACAAUGACCUUCACCAGAUCGACGAGAUGGCUGAGACGCCGCAGGACACAAUAGUCACCAAACCGUUACCAGGCCGGGCUGUUUACGAGACGACCACGCUGCGCCCUGCGAGGCAGAAGAACUCCGAGCUGGAGGCGGAGUCCAACCUGUUUCGCUGCAUGAGUGACGCCUCAUUGGUCAAGAGGAGGAGGGGCAGGGGGAAGUCGGCCGCGCAGCGGGAGAAAGAAAGACAACAUCGCUUUUCCAUCAAUGGACACUUCUAUAACUAUAAGACGUCGAUCUUCACUCCAUCCUUCGACACUCCAACUAAAGUCCGUAUCACCAGCAGGAUGACCACAAACCAGGUCAUCGAACAGCUGCUUAAAAAGUUUAAGAUAGAGAACGAUCCCCAGGAGUUCGCUCUGUACUGUGUUCACCAGAGUGGAGAAAGGAGGAAGCUCAGUGACAAAGACCAGCCCCUGUGGGAGCGCAUACUUCAGGGGCCCUCCGAUGACAUCAUGAAGAUCUUUCUGAUCGACAUGGACGAAGAGGAAGUCAGCAUCGACGUUGCCCAGUAUCUGAACUUGGAGCUUCCCAUCCUGGAGCAGGUUCUCCUGAAACUGUGCGAGGAGGAGAACAGACUGAUACAGAGAGUCAUUAGCAAGUACCACCAGCAACAUAGACUCCUAUCGCACAUGCUGACCUCUAAGAUGUUCCCUCACAUUGAGACCAGUGUCUGACGGCACCACUUUGGGGGCCAACGACUUGCUGUCCAACAUCCAACGACAUAAUAACGACAACAUACAUGGCUCUGUUUCAAGUCUUACAAAUGUAGUCACUGAUGUUAUUUUUAUUCAUUAUGUGAUACAUUUUUUUCUCCCCUUCAUUUAUUUUUUUUAAUCUGUAAAAUAAGUACAAGAUAUUCAUGUAAGAUGCUGUUGUAAAUAACUGUAAAUCAGUAUUGAGCGUUAAUAAAUAGAAG